CCUCGUAGCAGCGGACUGCGUCACGUGUUUUUCUCCUGUACAAAUCUUCCAGUAGAAGAGCGAAUAGGAGCACUCAUAUCAGCAAUUAUCAGCGGCAGUAACUAUCCAUCUAACUAUACCGGCAAGAAGAGAAAUACUGCAGUCAUCCUGGAACCAACGACACUGAUUUUCUCUUCAGUCAUCUUCGGUCGACGCCCGAAUCUUUCAAGCGUUAAAGCCUGAGGUAUUCGGAGACGUUCGGUUGUGCUCCCUCGUCCGUCUCGAUCUGCGUGAAGUGACAAAGUUUUCCCGCCGCACUCCUCUAUUGAGUUUUGGACGGCUAAGGGACCAGACUGCUUUAUCACCCGGGCGUCCUUAUCUGGACAGAAGUCAUUUCUUCUGACAGGCAAAGAAACUUCUCCCGGAGAGGGUGAAGGAGUCUUCGGCGUAUUCAGUGCCAGCUCCACGGGACUGAGAGAUUUUCCCUACAUUUUCCUCCCAAGAGGGCAUAAAAGUUGUGAAAAUGUAUCAAAGUCUGGCGUUGUCGUCCAACCAGUCCCCUUACUCUCAUGACACCGGGAAUUACAUUCACCCUUCGGCCAGCUCUCCGGUCUACGUCCCGACCACCAGAGUCCCAGCCAUGCUGCCCACCCUGCCCUACCUGCAGACCUGUGACUCGCCCCACCAGUCUCACGGCCUCAGCGGGCACCAUGGCUGGCCCCAGACCGGCACGGACGGCUCCCCCUUCACACCCAGCAGCCCUCACCCUCCGCACGGCUUCUCCUAUUCGCACAGCCCCCCAGUCAGCAGCAACACCGGUCGGGACGCGACUUACCAAAGCCCGCUAGUUCUCGGAAACGGCACCCGAGCGGAUCAGUACGGAGGCGCUCUGGUGCGCUCGGUCGGAGGCUCCUAUUCCAGCCCCUAUGCGUACAUGAGCCCGGAGAUGGCUACCUCUUCCUGGACGCCAGGACCCUUCGAGAGCGGAGUGAUCAGUCUGCAGGGACGGCAUGGGGGACUGUCUGGGAAAAGGUCCAGCCUGGACCUGAUGGAUGACAUGACCACUGAGGGCAGGGAGUGCGUCAACUGCGGCUCCGUGUCCACGCCGCUGUGGCGCAGGGACGGCACCGGACACUACCUGUGCAACGCCUGCGGCCUCUACCACAAGAUGAACGGCAUCAACAGGCCGCUCAUCAAACCACAGAAACGACUGCAGAACACAUCUCGCAGGGCUGGUCUUUGCUGCACUAACUGCCACACCAGCACCACCACACUCUGGAGACGCAACGCUGAGGGAGAGCCUGUGUGUAACGCCUGUGGACUCUACAUGAAGCUCCACGGGGUGCCCAGACCUCUGGCCAUGAAGAAAGAGAGUAUUCAGACCAGGAAGCGCAAACCCAAGAUGCCCAAGAAUAAAACAUCCACAGGAUCUAGCACCUCUGACGCCAGCUCCCCGACCUCUCUCACGGUCUCAGAACACGCCUCCACCAUUAAGAGUGAACCUAACAUGGCCCCCUCACCUUAUGCUGGACAGACCGUCAUAUCUGCCACUCAGAUGGCUUCUCAGUUAGACAACAUAGGUUCAGGACAUGUGGACAUUAAAUAUGAAGAUUAUCCCUUUACCCCGACCUCUAUGGCCUCACAAAACUCCUGGUGUGCACUUUCUCAGGCAUGAGCAACCAGCAGGACUGUGAUACUGACACCAUACAACUCACUGUGGCUUCAUGACAGCCAUCCCAUCAUCCUGAAAAUAUUCUGUUGUGACUCUGGAGCUGUGGAGAAACAAUGUUGCAUACAUAUUAAACUGAUGCGUAUGCAGUAUCUGACGGCUAUGUGUUCAGGAAUACUUGACCUGAGGACAUCUAAUCUGCUUGCCAUGUUAUAAGCUGUAACACACUGGUUCUGCAAAGGCUCAACAUAGGUCACCUGAACUGUACAUUAGCUUAACGAGGACACUGCAGUUUUACAAAAGAAUUAUAUAUAUAUAUAUAUAUAUAUUUAGAGCACACCAACUUAACACAUCAGCCAGAGCAAAGAACACAGUUGAACCAGGACUAAGCACUGACCCUGGCUCUCUGAAACUCACAUUCAAGAAGCCACAUUCCUCAGUGGGACAACAAGGACUACCUAUUACUUAAAGAAAUCUCUAUUUUUGGAGAAACACUACACCAAUGCAAAGAUUCCACAAUGUGGAAUGUUAAAAAACAAAAACAAACAAACAAACAAACAAAAAAAAACAAAACCAAAACCAAAGCAAAAAAAAAAAAAACAACAUAGAUAUAUUAACCCCUUUUUAUAGCUGAUAACUGAUUUUAGUUUCAUUAAGUUUUCGUUGCUGUCACUGGUGUUUGUGAUUUUCUGUGGUGUUCUCAAGAAAACAGUGAGAACAUUUUUGACGUAUUCUUGCCAUCUCAGAAGGAAAAUAUCAUCUUUAUGGCUGUUGCACAUGUCUCAUUACCGACGUGUAAAUGAUUAACUUUUAUAGGCGCAUUAUUUAUGUUGAGAUAAGGACAGUUAAAAGUCAUGAUGGACACUAAAACCAGCCAGCUAUAGCCCACUGGUCACUGUUGUAGAAUGGUGUGUUGUGCAGCCUGACUCAUUUGUUUUUACAAGAUACGUUACAUACAAAGUGCAUUGUAUAUGGUUCAUCUGAAAAUCAGGACCAGCGCUUUUGAUGCUGAUAUCAUGAGGAUAUAUCAGAAGUUUAGCAUUUUAAUAUUCGACAAAAUGGAAGUGCAAUGACUCAGUGUUUCAUUUCAAAAAAAUUGAAGACAAAAUGAAGAGUGUAAAAUUAUUCUAAACAUAAUCUAAACUUAUUUUUUUUUUGUCUGUAUUUUGUCAGUAUGUAAGGGAAUUUUAUUGUUAUAAUGUUUUAAAGACCUCAGUCUCUCCCUGUGUCUUUCCAUUUCCACUCUUCAGUGCUUUUUGGAUCUUUUGAGGUUAAUAAACUGAUUUGCAUUUUAUU